AUGCUCUCCUCACGCGCCCAUCAUAUGGACAUCCCCAAUUCCGGCCCUGGGGUCGAGCAUCACUGGGGCUACUAUAACCGCCAACUCCCAUGCACCGCCGACAAGGGCAAAUGCGACUAUCUCGACACGGUGUAUCACUCGCACGAUCUGUCCAUUCUCUACAGUGCCAUUCUCUGGGGCGUAAUUCUCGGGGUUUUGGUACUCUGCGUUUUGAGACGGCUCAUCCCCGUUCGUCGCACAUCGCAUCCUUGCCCUCCAGAUGCAGCGACGGAAAAGAGUCAGCCUCAGAGCUUCAUCUAUCGCUGUCAACAGUCCCUCAAAUCAGUCUACCACCGUCAUCUUCUUCGAGGAUGGCUCCCCGGCAUAUUCGGCCACACAACCGGCUUCAACAUCCUCGUCCUGCUCAUUCUAACCGGCUACCUCACCGUCUUCUCAUUUGUCGGCAUCGUCUACAAAACCUGGUACAGCCCCGUCAAAGGCUAUCCCAACCUGCAGCAGACCCGCGUCGGACUCGGGCCCUGGGCCGACCGGCUCGGAGUGCUGGCCUACGCCCUCACUCCGCUGGCCGUCCUCCUAUCCACCCGCGAGUCGCUGCUCUCGCUGCUGACCGGCAUCCCCCACCACCACUUCCUCUUCCUCCACCGCUGGCUCGGAUAUAUUAUUUACGCUCAGUCCGCCCUGCACACCAUCGGCUGGACCGUCAUCGAGGGCAAGCUCUACCAGCCGCAGCCCUCGACGUGGAACCAGUUCAUCGCACAAGAGUACAUGAUCUGGGGCGUCGUCGCCAUGAUUCUGCUUUCUUUCCUGGUUUUCUGCUCCGCGAAAUGGUGCAUCCGAUUGACGGGGUACGAAUUCUUCCGCAAAUCGCACUACGUCGUGGCGAUGGUCUACGUCGGCGCCUGCUGGGGCCACUGGGCGAUGCUGUCCUGCUGGAUGAUCGCCUCGUUGACAGUCUGGCUGUUGGAUAGAGGUAUGCGUCUCCUGCGGACGGCCCUGCUGCACGCCACCGCCUCUGGCAAUCUGCGCAUGCACAUCCCCUCAGCGCAGAUAACCUCCUUCCCCAACGACACAGACAGCGACGUCAUCAGACUAGACUUCACCCUCUCGCAUCACCCCUGGUCCGUCGGGCAGCACUUCUACCUCUGCUUCCCAGCCCUGAGUAUCUGGCAAUCCCACCCCAUGACGCCCUCCAGCGUGCCUACAGAAAGCCGCGAGCAAACACACACCUACAUCAUCCGCGCGAAAACCGGCCUCACGCGCCAACUCGGUCUACUGGCCCGCGGCAACCAGUCCUCAACCUCGAUUGUGCUGGCCGGACCAUACGGCCAGUCCAUCCUCAGCACUGAACUCCUGCAAGAGGACAUCAACAUCCUCUGCGUCGCCGGCGGCACAGGCGUGACUUUCGUCCUCCCCGCCCUGCUCCAGCUCUCUCGCCAGACAGGCUUCGCGUCUCGAAGUGGACUGAUCGAAUUCAUCUGGGUCAUCCGCCGCAAGGCAGAUACGGAGUGGCUGAAAGCCGAGCUAGACGAGUUGCGAGCUGCCGCGGAGGUGUGCGCCAAUUUCCGGAUUAGGGUGUUUGUCACGCGUGAGGGCGCAGCUGACGCCGACACCCAAGUCCAAGACCUUGAGAAGAAGGUGCUCGUCAGCAAUGCCAUCCAGCGGACUGAGUCUACUACCUCCCGGGACGGGGAGGCGCCGUUUAGUGUGCAGUUCAUGGGCUCCAACUCCGGUGACGCCGGCUUUGCCGGGACGGAUCGACAUCCCGAUGUUGCCUCGCAUGUUACUGAUUUCGUGGCGAGGACGGUACACGGCCCGACGCGCGUGGUUGCUAGUGGUCCGACCGGGCUAAUAACCGAUCUGCGGAGGGCGAUUGCGUCGUGCAAUGAGCCUGGCCGGGUGUGGAGGGGUGAGGAGCGGUAUGAUGUGCAGCUGGUGCAUGAUGAUCGGUUGGAGUGGUAG